AUGGCCUUUCCAAGAUCCAUGUGGCUGAACUGUGUAUGGAGAGCGACGGUGGUCCGCCUGCUACACACGGGAUUGAAUGCCACUUUUGCUUUUUCUAUUCUUGGAUUUUUGCUUCACGCUGCAGCUGUGUCCUCCCAAAAAUUGGAUGAUACCAACCCAGUGGUGACCACCAACUUUGGCAAGAUAAGAGGGAUUAAGAAGGAACUUAAUAAUGAAAUUUUGGGGCCUGUUAUUCAGUUCCUCGGGGUUCCAUACGCUGCCCCUCCAACAGGGGAGCGCCGCUUUCAACCUCCUGAGCCUCCGUCUCCAUGGGCAGAUGUCAAAAACACCACCCAGUUUGCUCCAGUGUGUCCCCAGAACAUUAUAGAAGGCAGGUUGCCUGAAGUCAUGCUUCCCGUGUGGUUUACUAAUAACUUGGAUGUAGUUUCAACCUAUGUACAAGAUCAGAACGAAGACUGCCUCUAUUUAAAUAUCUAUGUCCCAACUGAGGAUGUCAAAAGAAUAUCCAAGGAAUGUGCCAGAAAACCCGGCAAGAAAAUUUGUAGAAAAGGAGGUCCCCUUACAAAGAAACAGACAGAUGAUUUAGGUGAUAAUGACGGUGCUGAAGAUGAAGACAUUCGGGACAGUGGGGGACCUAAGCCUGUGAUGGUGUAUAUUCACGGAGGGUCCUACAUGGAAGGCACUGGAAAUUUAUAUGAUGGCAGUGUUCUAGCAAGUUAUGGGAAUGUGAUAGUCAUCACAGUCAACUAUCGCCUUGGGGUACUUGGAUUUCUGAGCACUGGGGACCAAGCAGCAAAAGGAAACUAUGGCCUCCUUGAUCUAAUUCAAGCUUUGCGAUGGACUAGUGAAAACAUUGGGUUCUUUGGUGGUGACCCAUUAAGAAUAACUGUUUUUGGAUCUGGGGCAGGCGGUUCAUGCGUCAAUCUGUUGACUUUAUCCCAUUAUUCUGAAGGUAACCGUUGGAGCAAUUCAACCAAAGGACUUUUUCAAAGAGCAAUAGCUCAAAGUGGAACAGCUCUCUCCAGCUGGGCAGUUAGCUUUCAGCCUGCAAAAUAUGCCAGGAUGUUGGCUACAAAAGUUGGUUGCAACAUGUCAGACACUGUAGAACUGGUAGAAUGCCUACAGAAGAAGCCUUACAGAGAACUUGUCGACCAGGACAUUCAACCAGCAAGAUACCACAUAGCCUUUGGACCAGUAAUCGACGGCGACGUGAUACCAGACGACCCUCAGAUCCUGAUGGAGCAAGGAGAGUUCCUCAACUAUGACAUCAUGCUGGGAGUUAACCAAGGGGAAGGGCUGAAGUUUGUUGAAAACAUUGUGGAUAGUGAAGAUGGCAUAUCAGCCAGUGAUUUUGACUUUGCAGUUUCUAAUUUCGUCGAUAACUUAUACGGAUACCCCGAAGGCAAAGAUAUAUUGAGGGAAACUAUUAAAUUUAUGUACACAGACUGGGCAGAUCGGCACAACCCUGAGACCAGAAGGAAAACACUGCUGGCUUUGUUUACUGAUCACCAGUGGGUUGCACCAGCAGUGGCCACAGCAGAUCUUCACUCGAAUUUUGGAUCGCCUACGUACUUCUAUGCCUUCUACCAUCAUUGCCAGACAGAUCAGGUACCUGCAUGGGCAGAUGCAGCCCACGGAGAUGAGGUUCCUUACGUACUAGGAAUUCCCAUGAUUGGUCCUACUGAGUUAUUUCCUUGUAAUUUCUCCAAAAAUGACGUCAUGCUAAGUGCAGUGGUGAUGACGUACUGGACAAACUUUGCAAAAACUGGUGACCCAAAUCAACCAGUGCCGCAAGACACAAAAUUCAUCCACACAAAACCAAAUCGUUUUGAAGAAGUAGCAUGGACCAGAUAUUCUCAGAAAGACCAGCUGUAUCUUCACAUUGGAUUAAAACCACGAGUGAAAGAACACUAUAGGGCCAACAAAGUGAACCUUUGGUUGGAACUGGUACCUCAUCUGCACAAUCUUAACGACAUUUCACAGUAUACCUCUACCACAACUAAAGUGCCAUCGACUGAUAAUACUUUCAGACCCACAAGGAAAAAUUCUGUUUCAGUUACUUCAGCCUUUCCUACAGCCAAACAAGAUGAUCCCAAACAGCAGCCAAGCCCAUUUUCAGUGGAUCAAAGGGACUACUCAACAGAGUUGAGCGUUACAAUCGCAGUUGGCGCAUCUUUGCUGUUCCUGAACAUUUUGGCCUUUGCAGCGUUGUACUACAAAAAGGACAAGCGGAGACAUGACGUUCACAGGAGAUGUAGCCCACAACGUACCACUACCAAUGAUCUCACCCAUGCACAAGAAGAGGAGAUAAUGUCCCUCCAAAUGAAGCACACUGACUUGGAUCAUGAAUGUGAGUCCAUCCAUCCACAUGAGGUGGUUCUUAGGACCGCCUGUCCCCCAGACUACACGCUAGCCAUGAGAAGGUCUCCUGAUGAUAUCCCCUUAAUGACACCCAACACCAUCACAAUGAUCCCCAACACUAUACCAGGGAUUCAGCCCCUACACACAUUCAACACAUUUACUGGAGGACAGAACAAUACUCUGCCCCAUCCUCAUCCCCACCCCCAUUCACACUCAACAACCAGGGUAUAG